AUGGCAGAACCUUCUGUUAAAUGUACAUUUCAUCAUGUACCUUCUGAUGCUGUUGACUUAAUAUCCUUAUCAAUUGGAAUUCAUACGAAAUACAAUGAAAACACCACACAAGUUUUUUGUUUAUGCUCACUUUCAAAAGCCAAUCAAAUCCGUUCGACACUUGCCAACGUUAUUGUUCAAUAUCCACAAAUCUGGUUGUCAAUUAACCUACCAAAUAACUCAAACGGUAUAUAUUUACCAUUCAACACGAAUAUUGCCAAUGAAAUUCAUGUCUCUUUUGGUUCUUUACUUUCGACUUCGAAAUUUUUAAUCCAUGAUACACCAUUAAAUGAUAGAACUCAAUGGACAAUAAAAUUUUCCAAUGAACAAAAAUUAAUCAUCGAAUGUCAACCUAAUCAAAAAACUGAUUCAUCUGUUUGUUUAACUUUACCAAUGAAAUGUGUUAACAAAAAUAUACUUGUCAUAGACGGUAAUACUUAUUCGGAUAUUAUAUUUAAUAUUGAUACAAUGACAACAGAUGUACGAGAAUAUGAUAAUAUAAAAAAUGAUAGGUUAUAUGGUAAUAAUCCAAUUAUUGAAUCACUUAGUCGAUGUAGUGAGAUACUCAUACGUAUGUCAUCGAAAACUAAUGUUGAUCAAUUCCUUGAUUAUUUUCAUAGUAAAUAUCAAUGUGAAAUCUUUUAUACAGUCAUAUCAAUUCAACGUAAUGUAUGCGACCAAUGGAAAAAAAUUGAAUUUAAUUGGUAUCCAACAGCAGAUGCUCUUUAUGCUAUAUCAAUGCUUCAUUCAUUAGGAUAUUUAUUUGAUGAUAAAUAUUUAAUAGAUAAACAACUUCAAAGUAUAAUGGUUGAUUUAGCUGAAGAAGAUGAAAAAAGGUUUUAUCAAUUAACAUUAAGAGCUUUUGAUGAACUUCAAAAAUGUCAUUGGUUAGAUUUAACAACAAUUUUUAAUCGAAAUCAAUUAGAUCGAAUUCAAGUAGAAUUGAGAAAUAAAUUUUGUUAUAUAGGUGUUGUUCAUUUAACUCCAACUCGUCUUCAUUUAUUACCCAAAGAAAAAACUGAAGGACAUCGCGCAAUGCGUCAUGAAUCUUUUCAAAGUGAAAAUAAUUUUUGUUUGGUUUAUUUAAAAUCGGAUCCAUCGGACAAAUAUUUAAAUGAUAAUACUGAUGUUUUGGCUUAUUUUCAAACAAUAUUUGAAUGUGGUAUUGUAUUUGGUGGAAAUCAUUAUCAUUUAUUCGGAUCAUCAAAUUCACAAUUAAAAGAGCAUUCAUUUUGGUUUAUUAAAGCGUCGACAUUAGAUGAUAUUGAUCAAAAACGAUUACAAUUAGGUCAAUUAAAUCAAAUUGAAAAUUUAAGUACAUAUAUAACUGGACUAGAUUUAUGGUUUAGUAGAAGUUCUUCGACAGGUAUUAAACUUAUUUAUUGUCAAGAUGAACAAGACUUUGAUAAACGUGUACAACAAGAAGAAAUAUGUGUAAUGAAUAUUGAUGAUAUUAAACGAAAUGGUUAUUGUUUUACUAAUGGAAAUGGAUUUAUUUCAAAAGGUUUAGCAAAACUUGUAGUUGAAACACUUUCGUUAUGUCCACAAGAUUUCCAACAAAAUAUUUUACCAUCUGCUUAUCAAAUUCAAAUGGCUGGUUGUAAAGGUCUUGUUAUAGUCGAUCCUCAAUCAACAUUUGAACAAUUUUAUAUUAAAAUUCGUCCAUCAAUGAAAAAGUUUGAAUGUAAUAAUUGGACUUUAGAUAUUUGUGAAUAUAGUCAAUCGAAAUCAGCUCGACUAAAUAAUCAAAUCAUUGUACUUAUGUCAGAUCUUGGUGUACCGAAUGAAACAUUUCUUCAUUUCCAGAAACAAUGGUUCGACAAAAAACCAUCACGUUUUAUGAAUUCUGACGAUUUAUUAAAAAAUAAAAUCCCAUUACCAAUUAAUGAAUGUCGGUAUAUGUAUGGUUGUGCGUUUGAAAGUCGACUUAAAUCUGGAACAUGUUUUUUUCGUUAUCAAGUACUAAAUGAACAUGGUAAGCCUUUACCAAACCCUCAAUUUCAAAGUGUAGAAGGACGAGUGCUUGUAACAAAAAAUCCUUGUCCACAUGCUGGUGAUCUGCUUGUAUUAACAGCUGUUAAUCUACCUGAAUUAUAUGAUUUAAAAGAUGUUAUUGUUUUUUCCAGUGAAGGUGAUCGGCCUGAUUUUAAUAAAAUUGGUAGAUCAAGUUUAGGUGGUGAUAAAUAUUUUGUUUAUUGGGGUGGAGAAUUUCAUUUAAAGUAUUCAGUAUCUCCACUUGAUUAUAUAGCAAAAGAACAGAUUAAACAUCCAACGCCAAUUUGUGCUCAAGAUAUUAUUAAAUAUUAUUUUACAAUAUUAGGUACACCUAGUUUUGGUGAAAUAUAUAAUAUGCAUGCCAUGAUUGUUGAUCGAAAUAUUGAAAAUCAUCAACAACGUACAUGUCAAAAAUUAGCAAUUGAAUUAGCUCGAAUGUUGAUAUUAGCUAGUGAUUCAGGUAAAACAGGUUAUAUUGUUAAUAAAGAACGUCUUCAAGAAAUAUGUGAAAUAUAUGGAAAAGAAUAUCCUGAUUUUUUAAUGAAACACGAUAAACAAUAUUAUAAAUCUCAAUCGAUUAAUGGAAUACUCUAUCGUAAUGCUGUAUUUUAUAAAAAUGGAAAAAUUAAUGAACUUAAUAAUGUAUUUGCACAAAUGAAUAUUGAUGAUAAAGUGUUAGCGCCAUCCUUGCGAGAUUAA